AGUCAUGUAAUCUGUAUCUGUUUACUUCCGCUUCCAAAAAACACGUGCAGUAGGUUGUCAUUUCUGUAUUGAUGAGGACAUUUGUUACAAGAGGAGGGAUUACCAACAAAUCAGAUAUGAGCAUUCACAAUGAUGGAUUUCCCAUAACUCAAUUGGGAUAAAUCAAAAUAUGUUGAAUUUGUUUUAGAUCUGACAAAACAAAGCAUACAAAUACUGGAUUUUAGUUUGAAGAUUGACAAUUAACAGUUACUGUUAAUACUUAGUCCACUAACAUGACAUCAGGAGACGGAUGUCAUGUCUGGAGGAAGCCAUUAGAACUAUUUGAAGACCAAGAAAGAAACGUGAAAAUAUGUGCUCCUAUGGUCCGAUAUUCAAAAUUGCCAUUUCGUAUGCUUGUGAGAAAAUAUGGCUGUGAUUUAGCGUUCACACCAAUGAUCUUAUCAGACUGCUUUGUAAAAUCUGUAAAAGCCAGAGAUAGUGAAUUUACCACUUGUAAAGAGGACCGUCCACUUGUGGUACAGUUUGCGGCGAGCAAUGCUCAGGAUCUUGCAGAUGCGGCAGAGAUUAUAGCUCCGUAUGCAGAUGGAGUUGACCUGAACUGUGGAUGCCCACAAAGAUGGGCCAUCCAGGAGGGUUAUGGAGCCUGUUUGAUCACGAAACCAGAACUAGUCAAAGAUAUGGUGUCGCAGACCAGGUCACGGGUCAGUCGGAGCGACUUCUCCGUCUCAGUCAAGAUAAGAUUGAGAGAAAACGACAAGGAAACUGUGGAACUGUGUCAAAGAGCAGAGAAGGCUGGAGCAUCAUGGAUAACUGUCCAUGGUCGUACGCCCUCACAGCGCGCUCAGCCAGUCAAUUUUGACGCAAUAAAACUCAUCAAGGAAAACGUCAGUAUCCCUGUUGUUGCCAAUGGUGACAUCAAAUCUCUGGAGGACUGCCGAAUGGUCAGGGAACGCACUGGAGUAAAUGGAGUGAUGGCUGCUAGGGGAAUGCUGGAAAACCCGGCCAUGUUUGCUGGCUAUGACACGACUCCUGUGGCUUGUGUCAAAGAUUGGCUGGAGUUGGCAAUAUCUGUUGGGACUACUUACCAAUGUUUCCACAAUCAUCUGAUCUACAUGAUGGAGAAAGCUUUACCUCGGUCAGAAAGGCGGAUCUUCAACGCACUUUGUAGUACCACAGCUGUAUUAGACUAUCUAAGUCACAACUACGAUAUCAAUAUAUGAAACUGAUAAUUACAGAACUUUAUGAUAUUAAAAGUGACACAAAAUAUUGAUUUGAUCAGAAUAUUAAGCCUAUUAAAUUAUAUUUUG